UCAAUCUUAUCCUAUUUUUAUCUCCUUGAGGAAACCAGUAUUCAACAUUAUGUAUUUUAUAUCUGUAAAGAAUUGGUUCCUCAUGGUUCCAAAACAUUAAAUUUUAGGUGCGAUGUUUGCAUUUUAUGUUUUAUCAUAGAUUUUUUCUUCACUUGUUUGUCACUGUGUAUAUAAUGUGUGAUAAUAUUUCCUGAAAAUCUAUAUUUUCAGAACUUGUAAUUAAACGAGUAGGAGCUGGUGGAUUGGUGAAUCAUGGCGUCUUCCGGUGAUAUCCGGGCUAUCCUUAGUCCUGCCCGGUUCAAUACUCUACCAUCAGAUACACAAUCCGUCCUAGUUCAAGCCUGGAACACACAGACAGGACAACUCAAGGCAGAGCUAGAGAAGACUAAGGUGAAUGGAGAACAAAAGAUCAGUGAACUACAGAAGAAGAACCAGGAUCUAGAAUCUAAACUAGCCGCCUUCACAGAGGAGAGUGAGAAAGGACAAUCAGCCCUAUCUCAGUACCGUGAACAGGCAACAGCUGCUGGAGCUACAGCUGCUAGACUAACAGAGGAGAACGGGAAACUAGCAGCAGAACGAGAUGAUCUCAGGAGACAAAUAUUUAAUGCCAAAGCUGAGAAGGAUGAUAUUGCCGGACUAUCAGAACGUAGACUGGAGGAGAUUGAGAGACUGCACAGUAAAAUCCGGGAACUCACCGAGGAGGUGAACCGAGCUGUAUCAGCUAAAUGUGAGGCUGUAUCGAGGUUGGAGGAUCUGGACAGCAAGGAGUCCAACCUCCAGUUCAAGGAGAGAAGGUUCAUCGAGGAGAAAAAUUUCCUGGAAUCUCAGAUUGAAAUGCUCAAGGCUGAGGUUGAGGUUCGGAAUGAAGAGGUUCUGACCUCUAAACAAGAGGCUGGUAUCCGACAGAUAGAAUUGAACCAGGAGAUUGAAGAGAAGACUCAGGAGAUUAAAUCUCUGGCCAGACGAGAAGAAUCUGCCGUCUCAGAUGCUGAAUCCUAUAGGAAGCGAGCUGAGAAACUUGCGGAGAGACUACGAGAAGCCAGAGAAUCCGAAAGUAAGCUUGAAGAUAACUACAGAGCUGAACUAAAAUCCCAGACUAAACUAGCUGAACUCUACCGUCAGCAGGGAGAAGAGAAUAGUGCCAAAACCGAGGAGCUGAGUUCAGCAGUCUCCAGCCUGCAACAGAUGGUUCGAGAUGCUGGAGAGAAGUAUGGUAUCCUGGAGAUACAGAUGGAAACCAUGAAAACGGAACACAAGAUGGAACUCCAAGGAAAGGUGGAAACAAUUAUGGCGUUGAAGAAGGAACUUGAAGAUGCAAACAGAUUGAUCAAGACGGUUAAGGAUAAGGGACUGACAGAGGACGCAAUAGAACAUCUUUCUCCAAGUGCAGCCCAGGCCUCUAGACUGUUGAAGUCCGGAGUUACGCUCACUGGAAUAUAUUCUCAAAUGGUUUCUCUCUCUGAAGAACUAACAGCGGAGAAGGAGGAGAAUAAACGAUUGAACUCCUACAUGGAUCAAAUUCUUAUUGAGAUAGAGGAGAGAGCUCCAAUCCUUCGUCAGCAGAGGGAGGACUACGAACAAGCUAUUUCUGCUCUCGGAGGUUUAACUGAAAACCUUGAGGCUGCUAGAGAGGAGGUGGAGCUGAGGAGAAGGGAGGCCGAGGAGGCCAGACGUAACCUCAGUUCUGUGGAGAAGGACAGGGAUAGGUUGGAACAACAGGUAUCUGAUCUGGGUCGACAGAUAUCUGUUCUAGUGAGAGAGGUGGAUGCUGCCAGAGCCGGAGUACAAUCCAUCGAACCAAUUCAGAGUAUGGAUACAACAACCUCCGAGUCUGUUAUUGAAGGAAGACUUCUCUUAUUCCGAGAUAUCUCUGAGCUCCAGACAAGAAACAUUGAACUACUAGCGGUUGUCCGAGACCUCAGUUCGAACCGAGAUCAGGCUGAAUCUGCCCUCGUUCAGGAGAAAACUGCCGAGGUUAGGUGCGAACUUGAAUCUGCUCUGAGACAGGUGGAUGAACUGAAAUCUGCCAGGGAGAGACAACAGCUCAUGGUGGAGAAUAUUAUACAGCAGAGGGAUCUAUACAAGAGUAUGUGCGGAGCUGAGAAGAAGAAUAUUGUUAAGAAACCUGAAUCUGCUCCGGAGGAACCGAACCAGAAAACUAUUCUCCUGGAGAAACAAUUGGAAGAACUAAGGAAAGAUUUUGCAGAAUACAAAGAAGAAAAGAUUGAGAAUUAUAAUAUUCUCAACAAAGAAUAUAAGAAAGCUAAGGAAGAUCUGUUUGAAGCAAGAACUCAGGUUGCUAAACUCUCCUCCCACGAGGAAUACAACAAUGAAAGGUUUAAGAUUGCUCAGACCAACUGUGCAAGCUUUAAGAAGCAGAUUGAAGCUCUUGAGAUGCGGAAUAUGCAGUUGGAUAAAAUUUGUGGAAAGCAUGAGAACUCGAUCACAUCACUGAGAGAAGAGUUAUUGAUUUCUGGAAGAAAACUCUCACAUCUGGAGCUCCAGGUCAACCACCUGACUCAGGAGAACUCUCAUCUUAAGGCUGUAGAGGCCCGGCUUUCCGCGGAAAGAGAUGUUCUUUACAGGGAGAAGAGUUCAAGCAGUCAGAUCAUGUCCAACCUUCAGAUGAUCCAGGUUAACCUGGAGAGACGGGACGAUGAGAACAGGAUGAGGUUGGAGAACUCUAAUCUUCAGCUGACCAAGGAGGUUGAGUUACUCAGGAAGAAGCUCGAUGAUGAUCAAGAUCAUUUUAAGCAAAGUGUCCGAACAUGGGAGAGUACAAACCGAGAGCUUCGAGAGAAAGCUGAAGCAUCGGAGAAAUCUGAAAAGAAUGUUCUAGAGCAACUUAAUGCUCUCACGGUCACUCUGGAUACUAUGAAGGAAGAGUUGAGAGAGAAGCAGGACGAAUUACAGCUUGCUGAGUCCCGGCUAGCUGGCAGGGGUCAACUCUCCAGUCAGUCUAGCGUAGGAGAGGGAGAAGGAAAGAAUAGAUACAGGGAUGUGGAAAUCCUACUGGGCAAGUCUAAGCAGGAGAUAAAGCAGUUGAACAACCAGCUCGCUGCAGAGAAGAAGAAGGUUGAAGAAUUUAAACUUAUCAGUGAAACCGCGGAGAAGAGAAUGCUGGAGAGUAGUGAAGCUAUGCAGGAGUUGAAGAGUAGUGCGGAGAACAAGAUCAAGCAGCUGGAGGAGGAGAAGAUAACCUCGGAUAAAACCAUCGAGGAGAACAAGUCCUCUAUGAAGGAGCUGAUGAAGAAGAUUGAAGAUCUUGAAGCUGAGGUUGGAACUAGCGGAGGAGAGCUCCGGGAUAAACUUAAGUAUACAACAAUAGAACUUGAGGACGCCAGGAAAUCGAUUGAGGAGUUGAAGAAGCAGGAUCUGGAGAUAAGAGAGAGGAUAACUGUCCUAGCAGAGGAAUCAAAGGAUGCUCAGGAGAAAUAUCAGCAUGAACUUCUCCUCCACGCCAAGGAUAUAGAACAGUUAAACCAGAUGAAAGCGGAGACUAGCAACAGGAUAUCUAACAUGGAGGAGAUAGAAUUGGAGAAACGAAAAGCGGAAGCAAAAAUAUCCGAACUCGAGGAAGCUUACAAGAAGGACGGAGAGAACUUGAACCAAGAAGUUUCAGCACUCCGCGCUCAGGUUGAGGUUCUCCGUGAGGAGAAUAAGGCGCUGAUGAACCAGAUCGAGGCAGUGAGCGGUCAACUGGCCGACGUAUCCGCCUCAGGACAUAAUUUGGACGCCAGUAACUUAGAUAAUAGCGCCCUGGCCAAUACGAGUAUUAGAUCUAUGAACGAGGAUGAUGCAUCAACUGAUCAGCUGAUGACUAUUAUCAAGUAUCUGAGAAGAGAGAAGGAGAUUGUAUAUGGUAGAAUGGAGGUAGCUCAGUCCGAGCUCUCCAGAACAACCAGACAGUUGGAGCACGCUCAGAAACUUGUACAGGACUUACAGAACGCUCUCGACUCAGAAAGGCAAGGAACUAAUGAGAACUUGAUGACUGCUGGAAAGCAUGCUGAGCUGUUGAGGAAGGUUGAGAGUUUAGCUGCGCUAACGGACAGUAACAAGAUGCUACGUGAGGAGAAGGACAGGUUGGCAACUGUGGUAGAGAACUUCAGGAUCGAGGCAGAGCAGGCCAAAGAGAAGAUUGCUCCCUUAAACGUUAAAAUCAAGGAUCUAGAAGAUAAGUACGGAACUCUGCUCACUGAGAAAUUGGCUCUCCAAACCGAAUCCGAAGGCUGGAAGAAGCGCUCUGAUCAGCUGGUUGAGAAGAGUUUCAAGAUGAAUCCUGAGGAACUAAAACGUCUCCAGGACGCUGAAACCAAACUAACCCGACAGCUGUCUAUCCUUACAGCGGAGAAGAAGAACGGAACUCUCCAGUACAACAAUCUGCAAAAGGAACUCCACGCAGCUAAGAUAUCCCUGCAAACUGCCCAGAAGGAGGCUAAAAAGAACAAGGAAGAACUAGACAAGAAAACUCUGGAUCUGAAAACUCUGAUUAUCAGAGAAACUACCCAGAAGAACCAACUUAACAACUUGAGCAGACAAAACAAUGAACUCAAAAAGAAAUCGGAAGAAUUUAAGAAGAAGUCGGAUGAGCUGGAAAAGACUAAUCAAGAACUGGAGAAGUCUAAACAGGAGAACACAAUAAAUCUGACCAAGCUUACUAAAGAUCUAACCGCAGCGCAGAGUAAGAUUGCCGAAGUAAAGAGCGGCGGAGAAGAUAUGAACACACUUAAAGUUCAAAUCACAUCACUAACUGAGGAGAACAAAAAGAGCUCGGAAGAGAUGGCCAAGUUAAAAACACAAAUUAAAAGUCUGAAAGCUAUCGGAAGACAAUUCCGUGAGCGUUCUGAAGCUGCCGGUGCUGAAGUAACAUCUUUAAAGGAUGAAAUUUCUAAAGUGAAGGAGUCGUGUAGUAAACUUGAAGCUGAUGUAGCGACUAAGAGCAUUGAACUUCAAGAAGCAAGAUCUUUGAUUGAAUCUCUAGAUGCUGACGGAGUUGCUGAGACGAUGGAGACCAUGGAGAAGGAGAAGAUUACACUGGAGCAGAAACUGAAAGAACAAGAGGAGAAAACAAGAAAACUUCUUGAAAAUGCCAAGUUAAAAAUCAAUGAACUUAAGGCUAAAAACAGAGAUCUUACAGAGAAUGAUGAGAAGGCACUGAUUGAAAAGAAGAAUCAGGAAAUUGAGAAACAGAAUAAGGAAAUUGAACAAGCAAGGAUGGAGAAGGAAAAGUUGAGAAAUGCUCUGGAUUCUUCUAUCACUGCUCUGCGCAAUGAGAACUUGACAUUAAAGAACGCUGUGAAUGAUAUGAAGGAGGAGAAGGAUAAGCAGCAGGAGCAGAUAGAGCAGCUUCAGCAUGAACUCCUCGCAUCCCAGAGUGCUGCUGCUAAACCUGUUGCAGUAGCCGGAGUAGUUCAUCAACAGGAAACAAGAAAACAAACUCAACCUCAAGCACACAUUCAACCUCAUAGACAUCAACCUAGAGACGAGUACAGACCUACACAGACUGCCAGUAUUAGACCCAUGACACAAACUCGUGGAGCUACUCAGGCUGUAGUUCUACCAACCAGCCAAGUAUCUAGUAUACAACCUGAAGUUGCAACAGUUCAACCAACUGUAUCCGUGAGCCCGAGUGUGAGCAGUGCUACUCCUCAGCUUCCUUCAACCAGUGCUUUAGAUCCUACAGCUCCUGAGUUUAAUCCAGUGGAUCGUUCUACUUCUUCUGCUGAAGUAGCAGAACCGGUUGAAGAGGCUUCAAGAGUCUCCGGGAAUGUUCGACCACUGGAUAUUCAUGCUUCAACUAGUGGUCCGUCAGGUUCAAUGCAUUCUGCUCAAACAUCAACCAGUGGUAAUACUCAGACAACUGUUAGUGUACAACCUACACUCAAGAGACCAAGAGAGGUUGCUGAAGUCGAAUUCUCUGCUGUAGAUCUUGAUGAGGCAGGACCCUCUGGUAUUCAGAAGAAGGCUCGAACCAUCUCUUCUACAGAAGAUCAGGAGUUCAUUGAACAAGAAGAACUUGGUGAAUCUGGAUUCCAGGAGUUAGACGUGGAACCUGAGAAGGUUGAUUUUGAAACGAUCACUCAACCUGAGACUGGGCUAGGGAGUAGCAGUACCCAGGAUACAACAGCUCCGAUAGAUGAAGGAGCUGAUGCUUUCUCCGUAGAACAAGAAGAUAUGGAAGAGGGAGAGAUCAGUGAGGACGGAGAUGAAGAAGCUGAAGAUACUCCUGCACAGGACAUUGAUGAACUGGCUGAGGAUGAUACGACUCAAACUGGAUUAGAGAUUAAUGAUGGAGAGACAGAGCCUGUAGUUCCAGAUAACCAGGAGGAACUAAGUGAGGAGGAGCGAGAGGAAGAAGAGGAAGAUGAAGAGGAACAGCUUGUUGAUGAAGAUGUUACUGGAGAGAACAGCAGCGAACCAAGCAGUAGCACUGGAGCAACAGUUCCUCAGAGCUCCCAGUUCCCUCCUGCUCAGGCUUCCCAGCCUGGAGUAGGGUUUGAUCAGGAACUUGUUGAGGAUAGUGUAGUUCCUAGCACACCUAAACUAGCGGAACCUAGGAGACCAGAAGGAUUUGCUGAAGCAGUAAGUUCUCCUCAGGCUCCUGGAAAUGAAAGGUUUGUAUUUGGAAGCGGAGGAGGAGCAAAUGAACCACCAGAGAUAGUUGUUACAAGCAGUAAUACAGGACUAGUCGGUCAGGAGGGGGCGGAGAGAACUUCCUUUGAUAUUGCUCAGUUUGCCGAGGACAAGGAAGGAGAAACCGUUUCUGAAACCCUGCAGGCUACGUCACCCGCACCUAUUGCUGAUGAAUUGAACGAGUUGUCUGAGGGAGUGUCUGGUAGUCUGGAGGAACAAGGCGAGGCUCAGUCUGAGGGAGAUGCUUCUGGAUCUCGCGAGGUUGAGGACGGAGUAUCUAGUAGCGGAGCCGAGACUGCAGGAAGAAUGGGACGAACAAGAACUCCGAUCACGUGGGCUGGUUCUCCAGCUGGUCCUGCCAGCACUAGUCCACAGAGAUCUCUUAAUAGGGCAGGAAUAGCUGGAGCAACUCAGUUCCGAUCUGCUAUCCGUGGAGUGGCGAAGCGAGGAGCUAAACGCGGAGGAACUUAACCUGGAACCAUUUUAUUCUUUAACAUGUUAAAUCUUACUUUUAAAUCCAUGCUACUCUGUUGAACUGAUUAUUCGGCAUUUUAUUUCAAUAUUUAUUGAAAUUUGUAUAUUUUCAGAA